AUGUCUGCGGAGGAAGUCAACGUUGUGGCGAUCAUGUACCCCAAGCCGGGCAAGCAUGAUGAACUUUCGAGCCAUUUGUCUGAAUUGACCCGGCAAGUCCAGGCCCAUGAGCCGGACACGUUGAUCUACUAUGCGUUUUCCAUCAAGGACGGGAACGAGAUUAUGGUUGUGGAGAGGUAUCGGAACCAAGAGGCGCUGCAGAUCCAUCUGCUGAACCCGUAUUUCCAGGACUUUGGCAAGAAGGCGAAGGAGCUGAUGGAACGCCCGUAUGAUGUGAAGGUGGGGAGUGGCUUUUUGUCGGGGUCGGCGAGUGUGACCCGAGCUUGA